GGGUAAAUAGGUCACUCCAAAUCACGCGAAUUUAGCGUGCUUCUUACCCGUCAGAGCCUACUUGGACAUCCACAGCUGUUCCAAGGAGUACUGGUUCCUAAAUCGAGACGACCCGGUUGAUGAUUUGAUUAUACGACCGCCGGCUUGCCAGUCAGUCAGCUAUGGCCGAGACAAGGGAGGCAGAAGCUAGCGACGGGAGGGAAGAGAAGCAACUCUACGGGUUCCACGCCAGCACCACCUACACGGGGCAUCCGUCCCUUCCUAACGGCCGGUCGUCGGAUUCCCCUGAAGCCGGGCAGGAGGCGGAGAAGCACUUCUCGGCAAGGGAGGAUGCUGGAGAGCAGUCCCGCCGGCUGUCGGAAGAGGGCGCCGUAGAUCUGAGCGCGAGCCGCCCAGGACGUGGAGGGGGAGGUCGGUCCCACGCCGCCACUCAAGCCGACGAAGACAGCCUCGGUGGGAACAGCUUCGACUCCUCCUCUGUUGACGAUCAGCAAGAUUCUCCGAGAGAUGGAUCUCCCGACGACAAAGCGGAGGAACGCCGCCACCAGAGCUACCUGGAAGGAUACCGCCACCCCCAUCCAGACGCCCUGCGGGCGGGCAUCCCCACCACCCCCGUGCACCUGGUGUACCCAGGGAUCGGGUACGUCCAGGUGCAGAUGCCGGUGGAUCUUCGCGGGCAGCCCGUGGCGUUCCUCCAGCCUGGCCUGAAUGGCGGAGUCCCCCACACCGGCCCGUCCACCUCUGCGGCUUCCUCGGUGACCAUGCUGGAGGAGCUGCGGAAGAGGGUCCAUGGCGGGCUCGAUGUCAGCAAGCCGCCUCAGCCUCGGAAGAAAGCGCGCAACGUGCCUGAGGGCGAGAAGGAUAACUCCUACUGGGAGCGCCGGCGGAAAAACAACGAGGCUGCCAAGAGGUCCAGGGAGGCGCGAAAGGCCAAGGAGGGAGAGAUCGCCGUCAGGGCCGUCCUGCUGGAGGAGGAAAACAUCAAAUUGCGCGCACAGGUGGGAGAACUGAAGCAGGAGACCGAGCGGCUCAGAGCGCUGCUGUACGCCUCGUCCCCAGGAAAGGGAGAGAAAUGAUCCAGCCCCCGAACGCCUCGUCCCCAGGGUAGGACGAAAAAUGAACCUGGUCUCAGCAAUACCUCAAUACCGUGUUGGGCAGGCUAGGACUUGUACAGGACAGGUCACCGUGACCUGUAUGUAAAGGGGGAGGGAGAAACUGUUCAAAAAGACAUCUUUAUUGUGUUCUUUUUAACACUGGUUUUAAAAUCACAGCACCACAAUGAUGUACAAUUCUAACAGUUUUGAGCAACUUUAUGAUGCAUUAUCUGAAUGGAACUUUUGUACCAUUUUGAUACACUAGUUAUACGCUUCUCAGCAAAAUGACCGACUUCUAAGUCCAAGUCUAUUCCGAAUUCUAAGUCACCAGACAGUGAAAUGAACAUCCUGAAGUUGGCCGUUUACCUCAUUAAUUAAGGCUGGACAGGUUCAGCAUCAUUAACAGGUGGAAUAUUGUCCAGCAGUCGGUCAGUCCCGGACUCGGGUCCAUCAGGUCUGUAGAGAAAGGGGAGGUGAAGGUCUCGCGCCGACACCACCUUCCAGGUCGCCGCCUGAACGCACAAAUGACCUAUUCUUCAAAUAUAUAUUAUAUAUACAAGUAUAUUGUUAUUGCUAUAUUAAUAUAUGUAGGACGUAGAACUGAUAUUUGACUAAUGCUAAGGUGAUUGUACAUUCUAACGUGUGUUAAGAACAAGGUUGUUGAUAUGAAUGUUACUAUGCGUUUUGAUCGGCAGAGUCUGCCAGAGAUUUUGUACGGAUAGUUUUGUUCAUUUUGUUGUACAUUCCAGUGAUUUGGUGACUUAAUACGACUUACAGAAUUUACCUCAUCAUGUACCUAGGUGUGAAGGGCACUCCUGUGCGCUCUGUCAAAAAAAUCAA